CUUUCAGGCCAAAGCAGACAAAAGUGGGGAAUCGACGGGAUCGCAGAGGUGGACAAGGACCCAGGGGUCCUAUGAGGGGACAAGGAGGCCCGAGAGGGAUGUGGAGAGCACCAGCUUUUAUGCCACACAUUCCAUUUGAUAUAGUACAGUGUGAAAGUGCUUUUCAGAGGACAAAGCCAGCUCCCCCAAGCGAGGAUACACCUCUUCAAAUGAGUUUAUUGGAGAAGAAUACAGAAUUGACCCCAGGAACCAAUGAACAGACAGCUGUCCUGAAUCUUGUCACCAAAAUCAGCUCUGUCCUUGACAAUCUUAUGGUUUCCCCUCCAGCAAAUUUUGAAGUGAGUAUAGAGGAAGUGAGACAGGUUGGUUCAUUCAAGAAAGCAACCAUCAUGGCCAAUAGCCCAGUAGCUGAUCUCGUUGUUAUUUUCAAGACCCUUCCAACAACGGAAGCAGUGAUGGCUUUAGGCAACAAGGUAGUAGAAGGAGUGAAAGAGACAGACCCUAAAGAAGUACUUACCAUGUUAGCUAAUGAAGCUGGAUGUGAGAUCAGUAGUUCUGAUGCCACUGUCAAGAUUCUUGUCACCACCAUUCCUCCAAACAUGAAGAAACUUGAUGCAUCAAUCCACUUACCUCUCAAGACCAUGCAAAGUGCCCUUGCAGCUGUCCGGCAUGCUCGAUGGUUUGAAGAAAAUGCAACAAAUUCAGUGGUCAAAGUUUUGAUCAGGAUUUUGAAGUACCUGAAGACACGCUUCAAUGGUUUUGAGCCACUUAAUCCUUGGAUGAUAGACCUUUUGGCUCACUAUUGUGUAAUGAACAACCCAUCCCAUGCUCCUCUUCAGAUAAGCAUUGCGUUCAGACGCUGCUUGUCUCUUCUCUCUGCUGGUUUCUUCCUUCCUAGAUCUGUAGGGAUAAUUGACCCGUGUGAAGGAGGUGGAGUAAGAAUCCAUACUUCAUUGUCUCUAGAACAUCAGGUAAGUUUAUGUUCAGAUGCUGCUUGUUUCUUCUCUCUCGUGGUUACUAUCUUCCAAGAUCCGUUGGGGUUAUUAACUCAUUUGAAGGAGGCCGUGAAGAAUCCAUUCUUUAUGGUCUGUAGAACAUCAGGUGUGUUUUCGUUCAGACUCUGCUUCUUUCUUCUCUCUGCUUGUUCCUUCCUUCAAAAGUGUGUUUGAAACCAGUGGCGUAACUACGUGCCCCCCCAAUCGGCUGGCAAAAAAAACUGGGAAAAUGAGAAAAAGAGGGAGAAAGGAAAAGAAACGUAAUGGGAAAGAAUAAAUUAUUGUUCUUUAUAAUGUUAUAUUAUAAUUAUGUUAUGUUACAAUAUAUUACAUAAGAAACAUUAUUUUCAUAACAUGAAACAUGAUUUGCUCAUGUCUUCAUUGUUCCUGGUGCUUGCAUUGUCAGUUUAACUAGAUAUAAUAGAUCAAAUAUUUUUUUUCGGAACACUAUAGUUUUCAAGUAUAUUUGAGAGACCUGACGUCAAAUCAAAUCAAUAUACACCAAAUAUAUUUCCUCUCACUUCGAGUUAUUAUUGUUUUAUGUAGUGACAUAUGCUUCGUUUUCAUGACUACUUAUAGUGAUUGCCCGAUUUUAAGGUCUUAACAUAAAACAUUUCCUGUCCGUGCUUAUGUUCGCAUUUGUGGAUUGGUGAGAUAUGUCUGCUCUUCAUAAAUUCCUAACUAAAAUCAGUCCUUAAAAUGACCCUUUUUCUGACCUGAAUAUAAAAAAUUUUCAGCUCGCACUUCGCGCUCGCAUCAUUUGGUUAGUGAAAUACGUAUGAUCUUGGUGAAUUCCUAUAAACUAGCCUUAGAAUGCUCCUAUUCAGGUCUGAAUUUCUUAAAUCUUCAGCUCGCGCUCGCAAUAUUUGAUUAGUGAGAUGGGUAUGAUAAUCAUGAUUUCAAUGACUACAAAAAGAGCUUCAUGACUUGUGUCAAUAGAUGCAAUUCUAACAAAAUCAGCAAGCACUUGCCACUCGCAUUAGACGACUAUGGUGAGAUAUGUAUACUCUUACUGUAUUCCUUAAAAAAUAGUCCUUAAAAUAUCCCUUGUUUGGAGUCAAUAUACAAAAAUUUCAGCUCGCGCAUCACACUCGCAUCGUUUGAUUAAAGAAAUACAUAUGGUAUUUGUUAAUUUCUACAAACAAGCCUUAAAAUGCCCCUCUUCAGGUCUGAAUUUCCUAAAUUUUCAGCUCGCGCUCGCAAUAUUUGUUUAGUGAGAUGUGUAUGUUAAUCAAGAUUACAAUGACUACAAGUGCUUAGACUAAACAGGGAAAUUUUUUUUUUUUUUUUCGGGGGCUCCAUUUUCAAUUUUUUGUAAAAUUUCGGGGGCUCCAUUUCGACCUUUCGAGGGCUACUUUUUGCAUUUCGGGGGCUCUUUUCAAAUGCUACGUUUUUGUAUUUUGAGGAAUACCUGCCACUUAUUAAUGAAUUAUUACUUACUGUUUAAUAUAAUUGGCGGCGGAAGCCAAAAAUUUUAGGGGGGCUCCACCACAUAACCUUUUUUUUUUUGGGGGGGGGCUUGUCAAAAUAUUAUCAACCACAAAUUAUAGGGGGGACGCAUGGAAAAAAAAAAAAAGGUUAACAACAAAAAAUUUAUAGGGGGGACACAUUCCCUCACCCCCCCCCCCCCCCCCCCCCGCUUCCGCUGCCUAUGUUUAAUAUUGUAGGAUUUUAAUAGUUAUUUUCUUCAUGCUUAGAAUCUUGGAUGUGGGUGUGACUGUGAGUUGAACUUAUAUAUAAAUGAAUUCAAUAUCUAAUUUCUACUCCAUCUAUUCCAGUACAAUAACUUGUACUCGGCCAUGUAAUAAAGGCCCACAUACCCUAACUUUUCCUGAAGUUCUUUGAAAACGCAGAUCUCCACGAAAAUUGCAUUUCUCUAUGGGGGAGUCUUAAUUUGGUGAGAAUGAACUCAUUAAUAACUUAAAUAUACAUGACAAUGAAGAAAUCAUCAAACUUUAUUAACAGUUUUGAAUGAUAUACCCGAAAUGUAAACUCUGUCUGAAACAGAAAAUCACCAUCAUUGAGGCCUUUACUGAGCGAAUUGUCCCCCAGAGCUCUGGCAGAGAGACAGAGCUCAGGCUAGUACAAGCGCCAAUGCGUACGUACGUGAACCUCCCGCCGGCCUUGUAAAAUAGAUGGAGCUUUGUUUGAUGAUUUAUUGUCUGAUAUUUACCUCAUCCCCUAGAAAAUUAAAACAAAUGAUUUUUAAGUAAUAAUAAGCAAAUAAGAUAAGUUAUUUUGGAUGUUACUAGGCCGUUUUGAAAAGCAAAACCGAAUGACAACUCACCAAUGCGAGGUUACUAGACUCUGGGAUUUAUUUCCUGUGUACCGUAUGUAAUGGACUAUAAACCGCACCCGUGGAUUAACCGCACCCCCAACUUUGGACU